AUGGCUAGCGCAACAAAAACUCCGGCCGCUCCCCAGAUCAGCGGGGUCGACCUCUACUCCAGAUUCGCCCUCGCCGGCGCCAUCUGCUGCUCAGUCACCCACGGCGCCUUGACGCCCGUCGAUGUCGUCAAGACCCGUAUCCAGCUCGACCCCGUCACCUACAACAAUGGCAUGAUCGGCGGCUUCAAGAAGGUCAUCCAGAACGAGGGCGCCGGUGCCCUGCUCACCGGUGUCGGCCCUACCUUCGCCGGCUACUUCCUUCAGGGCGCCUUCAAGUUCGGUGGCUACGAGUUCUUCAAGCAGCAAUUCAUCAACUACCUCGGUUACGAUACCGCUUCCAAGUACCGGACCGGCGUCUACCUCGCUUCGUCCGCUGCCGCCGAGUUCUUCGCCGACAUCGCCCUCUGCCCGCUCGAGGCCACCCGUAUCCGUCUCGUCUCCGAGCCCACCUUCGCCAGCGGGCUCGUCAGCGGCUUCGGCAAGAUGCUGAAGACCGAGGGCGUUGGCGCCUUCUACGCCGGCUUCGGUCCCAUCCUCUUCAAGCAGAUCCCGUACACCAUGGCCAAGUUCGUCGUCUACGAGAAGGUUGCCGAGUCGGUUUACCGCGUCUUCCCCAAGAAGGACAUGUCCGACGGCAUGCAGACCACCGUCAACCUUGGUAGCGGUCUGGUUGCCGGCUUCGCCGCUGCUAUUGUCUCGCAGCCCGCCGACACUAUGCUCAGCAAGAUCAACAAGACCAAGGGUCUCCCUGGCGAGGGCACCACCACCCGUCUGAUCAAGAUCGCCAAGGAGCUCGGCCUCAAGGGCUCCUACACCGGCAUCGGCGCCCGUCUCUUCAUGGUCGGAACGCUCACCGCGUUCCAGUUCGCAAUUUAUGGCGAUGUAAAGCGCUAUCUUGGCGCAACAGGUGGCGUGGAAAUUGGGAAAUAG